AUGCAGGCCUCUGACCCUCAGUGCUUCAUCCUGCCUUCACCCUCCUCUGUUCUCAGUCAGAGCUCCAGCAGCCAGAUGGAGCCCAAGUCCUCACUAAACCACAGCAUCCCACCGGACUUAAAUGGCCAUUAUCACUUUGGUAAUGGAGGAGCCAUGAUAUCCCAGGAGAAAAUGAUAAAGAUAGCAACUCCAAAAGCGCAUCCCUAUUCAUCCCACAUCUCCCAGUUUGCAAUGUUCCCAUCCUUCUGCUCUCCUGAUGACCCUGAAACAGGAGUCAGAGCUGCCUCUCAACCUUUCCUCAACCCCCUCAUCCCAAAUAGUGCGGCGGGCGUUACACUCCUGAGCAAAUCUAUAGGUAGUCCAUACAGACAUGAGGUUUUAGAGACACCCAUAAAAAACAGGAAGAAAUCUGUUACGUGGCCCGGAGAUCACGGCUUCUUAGAUCAUACAAAGCCGUUGAAGGGAGAGAACCAGGUUUUCUACCCCACUCCUCCAAAGACAGUGCUGCCCAACCCUAAACUUCGUGUCUGGGAUUUGUCAUUAUCUGAGCGGACAAGCAACAUGCUGAAAAAUCUGGAGAGGACACACUGGAUCACCUCUUACCAAAUGGACCACACAGGAUCGGGGCCAGCAAAUCCUCUAAAGAUUGAUGACUUCCAGGAAAAGAUAUGUGACAUUACUGGGAUGAGUUCACACAAUGCACCACUGAGGAGGCUGUGGAAGCAGAAGAAGAAGAAGAAGAAGAAGAAGACAGGAGAGCACCUGCAGUCCUGA